AUGUUCUUGGCCUGGCGCGCCUGCUGGAUCUUCUUGGCCACCGCAACCAACUUGCGGUCUUUGCCGCCACCGCGAAACGCCCGCCCACCGCCGCCCGCGCUCCGCGCUGCUGCCGCCACUGCCGCCCACCACCCGGCCUCGGCCUCGCCGCUCGCCCUCUACGCCUGGGAUGCCUUCCCCGCUUGGACCGAUCCGCUGCUGGCCGAGUCGCACGGCAUCUUUGUCGCUCUUCAGCACGCCGCCGCUGCGGCAGCCGCGGCAGCCGCAGAGGACGACACCGGCGCUGGAGUCGCUCCCUCCUUGGGUGAGACAGCACCGGGCGGCCGUGGCGUGGGCGCACUUUCGCGGGCGCGUGUCGUCGACGCCUCGCGCCACUAUCGGGCCACCAUACAUGCCCAGAUCCUGGCGCUCAAAGACCGCGAGGCCCGCCUUGCCGAGGCGUUGGCGGUCGCCGACGCUGACGGCGACACCUCCGCCGCUGCCGUCGCCGAGCAGGAGCUGGCAGACGCUGCCGACCAGUCGCUGCUGUACGAGUCGGCCGAGCUCAUCUGGCACCUUGUCGAGGUAUUCUUCAUUGCUGCGCCGUCGUCGGGCCUCAUCGCCCCGCUCCUUCUCGACUGGCUCCAGCUUCACGUUCCUGUCGAUGGCGUGCUUGAUGUGGCUUCGGCCCCGGCCCCGCUCGCACAUCCAGACUUUUGGUUCGUCAUCCAGCGCCUAGUCCUCCAGGGCCGCAUGGACACUGCGCGCGAGCUCAUCGGCUCGGUCACCUCGCAGGACAUGGCAGAGCUUGACCUGCUCUCUGUCACCGCCGAGGCACUCGGUUCCAUGCCGCUCCCCUCGCCGGCCUCCCCGCUCACCGAGUACCUUCCGGCGUGGAAGGCCUGGCACGAUUCGGUGGCGGCCAUGGUCGCGUCAUCGCCGGAUGUGCAAUCCCAUCCCGAGCUGAGCAACAUCUUUGCCCUCCUCCUCGGCUCAGAGACCGCCCUCGUCAACGCCGCCACGUCGUGGUACGAGCUGCUUGUCGCCCGCAUGCUCUUCGUCGACCCGGCAGUCAAGAUCCACGACGUCAAGUCACACACAGCGCCGGCCAUUGCUGCCGUCGAGGGCGAUGACCCGGCGCUUCGCUCGGUUGACCUCGUCCUCCUCGCCGUCAUGAACCGCGACAUCCACACCACCCUCCGCUACUGCGUCGCCCUCAUUGGCUCGCACUGGUUCGUCGCACACCUCACCGACCUUCUCGCACACGUCGGCGCCAUCGAGUCGUUUGCCCUCGGCUUUGGCACCUCGCUCCGCGAGUUCUUCCUCCUCGAGUACGGCCUCAAGCUCAUGUCGUCGCGCCACCACUGGCAGCUCGCCGCCACCUACUUUUCGCAUGCUCCGAGCCUCGGCGCUGCCCACAUGGCUGCCCUCCUCGAGACCACACCACAUCCCACCGCCGCCAAGACCCGCAAGCUCAUCAACACCGCGCUGUUCCACGGCCUGCCGCGCCUCGCCACCUCCAUCCGCGCCGUCCGUGCUCGCGCCUACCUCGACGCCAACGCACUUGUCCCGGCCCUCAGCUGGUACCUCGCCGCACGCUCGCCCACUGCUGUCUCGGCCGUCGCCGACCGCAUCAUUGACCUCGCCAUCGCCACCGACGCCCUGCCGGAUCUGCACAUGCUCGACGCGCUGGGGCCUGACUUGGUCGUCUCGGAGCGCCUCGCCUUUCUCGCAAAGUACCGCGAGUUUGACGUCCUCUCCCGCGCCGGCGAUCUUGCAACCGCAGCCACCCUCCUUGCCAAGCUCCUCGCAUCCCACAUCGUCCCGCGCCGCCUCGUUCUUCCGCUCCUCCGCCAGGCCGUCCCGCUCCUAGAAGCGCCGGACGCCCUCUUCUCCGCCCAGGAAACCUACGCUCUCAUGGCCGUCCUCGCAGACGUCUCCCACGACCACCGCUCCCCGCCCACCGCCCGUGUCGACGCGCAGCUCAUCUCGCUCGCCCUCUCGCGCAACCUCGCCCGCGCCCUCCUCGACACCCCCAUUCCCACCAAGCCUCACCUCGCGGCCUCCUCCGCCCCGCCGUCACAUCCGGCCUCGCACAAGCCGCCCGCACCCAACGCCUCCUCCUCGGUCUUCAACGUCACCAUCUCGGCCGACCGCUUCCACCGUGUUUGAGUUUGGGAUGGCGAAUAAAAUGAAACGGCACCCC